AAACAACCAAAAAAGAAAGAAGAUGUCGGCGUAUUCGUCAGCUGGUGGAGCUCUGAAAUUGAAGGGAGGUGGAGAUUUAGGAGCGAAGAAGAAGAAGAAGAGGAAGAAGGAAAGUAAGAAACUGGAGCAGGUAAUGACUAGUUUAAGAGAGGAAGAUGAGAUAGAAGAGAGACAGGCAAAGAGGGAUAAGCGCACCAAAGCCCAGAAAGCUUUUGACAAGACUCAAGAACAAAGGCAACUGGUGAGGAUCCUUGAUAAGGCUUCCAAGAAACACAAAGAGAGAGUUAAUGAAUUCAAUUCUAAACUGGACACCCUUACAGAACACUUUGACAUUCCCAAAGUCAGUUGGACAAAAUGAGAGACUCUACUCCAGCUUACAAAGACUGCUUCAAUUGUGUUAUUAACUGUGAUAUGGAAAUCUGCAUGGAACUGUUAAUAACUUGAAGGAAAAUCAACAGCUCCCUUCCCUCGUGGCUAUUAUGGAAAGAGACAGAAUGCUAAAAACUAAACUUAUCAACUACAUGUACAUGUAGCUCCUCAGAACUGAUCGGAUAAACUUCCCAUGCUUGCAAGAGUAUUUUGUUUCCAGACUUGAGUGUUUUUUCUCCUUCUGACUGUCAGUGUUGGUACAUAUCCACAUGGAUUAGCUGAAGAUAGAUUGUGUCUUUAUUGCAUCACUCCAAGAAGAAAUCAAAUAAACUGCAGCGGUUACAAUUCUCUAAUUUGUUUUAAAACAAGAGCCAAAAAAUAUCUUCAGCUAGUAGUACAGGCACCGCUGGGACCUAUCCACAUGAUUUUAGCUGUCUAUCUAAAGUGCAUGGUACAACUAGGACCAGUGUUUAAAGACAUGUCAUUAAGAGUAACAUUUGUAGGAUUAAGUUUUAAAAAUCUUCCUGAUAGAGGUUCUUAAGGAAAUUCGUCUUGUAAAAUCAAAAUUUGGUAGAGAAAAGACUUGUAGGCUAAAAGAAGAAAGGUACAUGUACAUUGCAAAGGAGGUUAUAAUUAGAAUUAUGGAGUAAGUAUUUAUGACAUUAGAGUUUGUUUUAUUAUCUUUUUCAAAACUACUCAGCUACUGUUCUUGUAGAUAUUCUUUUUAGGACGUAAGAGUUAAGACUUCAAUCCUACUGUGAAAAUAAUCUCCAUGUUCUGUCUUUUCAUAAUGAUAAUUGCCAGAUGAACAAAUUUUUGGUAACCUAAAUGUAUGUUUGAAUAAUUUCAUAUCUCACUUUCUACUAUAUUAUCAUACAAAUAUAAAGAUCUCACUUUGACAGUUCUUCUUUAAUAGGAGUACAGGUAUACACAUAUACCCAAAAUAAGGCGAAUUGAGAUUCAAGAGUAACCAUCCAUUUGUAAAUUUUAUGUGUAGGAAGAGAAUCUUUCUUUUUGACUAGGAAGUCACAUUUUUUAAUCAGAUUUUUAAAUAAAAACAAAACAAAACAAAUAUUGACAGACCAACAGUAAUUUUAUCUAACAUGCAUGCUCCUGGUCGAUUCCCCGUCUGGAGAUACAUGUAGUAGUAUUGAAUCUUUCAAAUUUUGAGUCCAAGAAUACUAGCCUGGUACAAACCCUGUUUUAUAUUUUAACUUAUUUAGAUGCUUU